AUGUUUCCGUCAGACGUAUGCCAUCAAGGCACAAUUCUGAUUUCUGGAGGUUGUGGUGGUCUCGGCCUCACAAUGUCCCGUUGGAUGAUAGAAGAACGGGGCGUCAAACGCUUGAUGCUCAUGAGUCGACGAACACUAUCUCAACUUGAUCAGCUGGAUAAUUCAGAAUACAAAGAAUGGUUACGACUACAACGAGCGGCAAAAGAACACGGUGCUCGUCUCGACGUCGUUCAAGCGGAUGUCACCAAGUUCGAACAUGUACGAGAUCUGAUCCAAAAACUUGGUCAAACACCCUACCCUAUCCGAGGCAUCAUUCAUUGUGCUGCUGUUCAAGAGGAUCGUAGUUUGGCGAAACUGACAGAAGAAAAUAUCACACGCAUCAAGAAACCAAAAAUUUGUGGUGCUUGGAAUCUUCACCGAGCAUCACAACUAGCUGGUACUCCACUUCACUUCUUUCUUCUCUUCUCAUCGAUUCGUAAUCACUUGAUCGACUUGGGAUCGAGCAGCUACAAUGCCGGCAACCAGUUUCUAGACAUUCUUGCGCAAUAUCGUGUCAAACAAUUACAUCUACCUGCUCUCUCGAUCAGUUUGCCAGCAGUAAGCGGUGCCGGCAUGUUUCAUCGGCAACGUGACAUGUUAACAAGUUUGCAAUGUACAACGGAAUUUGAAUCGGUACCAACAGUGGCUGUUUUUGAACUCAUCGAAUGA